AUGACUAUGCGCCUCUACGAAAAGGAAGGAAAUCAAGCCAAGGAACAUGCGUCGGAAUGUGUCCGAGCCGACGACCGUCUUGACAAGUACGUACACCCCACGACGAUUCGCGAAGGCAUCACGUACAUCGGGCUUGCAACCGGCACACCCCCCAAGCUGGCUCGAGUGCCCGCAAGACCAGUCACCAUCGACCAGGAAAACUGA